CACGAAUACACCUCUCACGCCCGCAGAGAGUGCAUGUCUGCAGGGCACACGGGGGGUUCGAUCAUGAGUGAGCCGGGCCCCGGGAGGCGCGAGGCUGUGCUGACCGAGGAGAUGGUGUUUGCCACCGGCGUCCUGUGUGAGGCCGAGGGCCGCGAGGUGAGCCGUCCUGCGUCGACCGCCCUGGUCGGCAUCCUUGCCUCGCUCGCAGCCGGUUACACCGUGUGUGUCGGAACAGACGCGCUCUCCUUUGCUCGCCACGGCAAGCGCAAGAACGUGACCGAAAAGGAUGUCCUCCUCUGUGCGCGGAGGCUCCCCAAGGUCCGCCAACGGGUGGCCGACGCGCUCGACGCGCUGCCAUCGCGGCCGUCCAAGCGCCGCAAGACGUCCAAGUCGGUGUCCAAGCCGUCCAAGGCGGCGUCCAAGGCGGCGUCGGCCUCGUGCCCCCCGGACCAGCCGCGUAGCGUUUGCUUUGACAUUGACGCCGAUUUGCUUCCGCGCCCGGCUGCUCCGUCUGCGCCUGCUCCUGCGUCCGCGGCUGCUCUGUCUGCGCCUGCCACUGCGGCGGCCAGGCGCAGCGCCAUUGGCGACAUCUCCAUCUCCAUCUCGAUCUCCUCGUCUGACUCGGAUGACGACGCGGCCGUUCGGGGUGUUUCUGCCCGCGCUCGCCCUCAGCCUCGGCCUCGCUCGCCGGGCGAAGUCAUUGUUCUCGACUCGCCGUCACGCCCGGCAGCACCGGCUGCGCCGGCUGCAUCCAUCCCCGCAUCUCCGCCAUCCAACGGCAUCACCGGCCUCGACGACGACUUUGAUUGGUCCGCCGUCGUCUCUGCCCUUGAUAUAUGA